CACGGAAGUACAAAAUUCGACAAACAAAAAGCUUAGCUAGGAAAUGAGAGCAUGGAGGGAUCUAAAUAUUAAAAAUAUCGUUCAAUAAAAUCGUUGAACGAAAAGGAAGUAUAGCUACUUAAAGAUUUAUGCUAAAGGAAAUAAUUUAAUUAUUGUAAAUGUAUUGUUAGAUAGCAAUGGAUAUCGGUAUGAAGUUUAUCUUCUGCACUGAUAGCUAACGUUAAUUUUAGCUAGAGAAACACAGCCCGCUAUUUUGAAACAGACUUGCUUUUUCAAUUUCUAGAGACUAACUAGCAAUCCAGUGGGCGUUUAUCUUAUGAUAAUUAUCAUUUCACCUCGUUAUUAAUCCGCUAACGUUAGCGUGCUGAUUUUUUUUUAAGGGGCUAGCCAAGAAGAACAAGUUUAGAUAGUUGCAAUGACUGCUGCAGUGUUUUUUGGGUGUGCGUUCAUAGCGUUUGGGCCAGCGUUUUCCCUAUUUAUUUUCACUAUCGCCAAAGACCCAUUGCGAGUCAUCAUUCUAAUUGCAGGAGCCUUCUUCUGGCUGGUGUCCUUACUGCUGUCCUCUCUGGUGUGGUUCAUAGCCACAAAGGCCACCAAUGCCCAGGACCUGACCCUGCAGAAAAACCUGCUCAUAUUUGGCAGUAUUUUCUCAGUCAUACUGCAGGAGGUGUUCCGCUUCGCAUACUACAGGCUGCUCAGGAAGGCAAAUGAAGGACUGGCAGCUAUCAGUGAAGAAGACGGCCCCCCCCUUUCAGUCCGAGAAAUGGCCUAUGUGGCUGGGCUGGGCUUUGGCAUCAUGAGCGGAGCCUUCUCCAUGAUCAACACUCUCUCUGACUCUCUGGGCCCAGGGACAGUGGGCAUGUUUGGAGACUCCCAGUACUACUUCAUCACCUCAGCCCUGAUGACCCUGGCGCUGACGAUGCUCCACACCUUCUGGGGGGUGGUGUUCUUUGAGGGCUGUGAGAGGAAGAGAUGGUGGGUGAUCGCUGUGGUGCUCUGUGUCCACCUGAUGGUCUUCAGCCUGUCUCUGUUGAACCCGUUCUACGUGGGCAGCAUUCUCCCGGUCUACGCCAUCAUGCUGCUGAUGGCCGUCUGGGCCUUCUUCUCCUCCGGUGGCUCCCUGCACAAUAUCACUCUUCUCUGGACGUGUAGGAAAAGUAAUGCAGAGACGUCGUCAUAAUUCACAUUCCAUGUUGAUCUCUGAGGUCGAAGGGCAAUAGGAGCUUCUGUCGCUGCAGUGCUGUGUACAAACCAAAGCAGCCAAUCAAGAGACGACAGUCUCCACAUCAAACCAAUCUCCACAUAAUAUGGAUGGGCCGAAUCAGAGCCCAGAAAUCAGCACUUCACUGACCAAUAGAGCUGACCAAGGGAAAUCCUUCAUACUGUAUAUAGCUUGAAUGACACUAGUUUACACACACUUAGGCAUGUGUAAGCUUUUUUUUUCAAUGCAAGGAAACAACCUUUUUUUUUCGUUCUUUGUCUCUUCGCAGAUUUAGCUUUUGUGUGGACUUUUAAUCAAUCCACUCCCUUGCGUCAAUUAUUGAUCUUUGGUUUACUGAAUUAUGAUUUUUUUAUUUUUAAGAAUGAUCAUUUGUUAAUGUAUUGCGAAGGGCAGAGCAGCACAAAUCGAAUGUUAUUUGUCAUGUGCCGAAUACAACAGUGAAAUGCUGACUUACAAGCCCUUAACCAACAAUGCAGUUUGAAGAAAAAUACGUUUAAAAAAAAUAGCUAAGUAAAACAAUAAGAAAUAAAAGUAACAAAUAAUUAAAGAGCAGCAGUAAAAAUAACAAUCGCGAGGCUAUAUACAGGGGGUACCGUUGCAGAGUCAAUGUGCGGGGGCACCGGUUAGUCAAGUUAAUAUGUACAGGUAGGCAGCCUCAACCUCAUUUCAAUAUUAUUAUUAUUCUUUUUAAAUUACGACCCACCAUUUAAAUGACGUUUUUAAAAUAUAUAUAUAAUUAUGUAAACAAUGUUAACUUUUUUUAUUUGGUCAAUGACAGUCUUACAAAUCAGUCUGACAGUAUUUUUGACUGUAUUUUAAUCUGAAAACCAUAUGGUUUGAAUUGACUGAAAUGUAUUAGGAAAUGCAGAAGAUCAUCAGGCAAUAAUGUAUGAUCUUCUGUGUAGAAAAGAACCUUGGAAGAAAACUGAUUUUAACCCAGGUUCUAUGAACCAAUCACCAAUUAUCGAUCGUGACCCCCAUUUUCAAAUCCCCUAGUUUGGGAAACCCUAUUAUACACACAUACAAAGGUAUGCAACAUCACUAUAUUAUGCAUUAUCUGCCCUGGCAGACACUGCCAUGUGUAGGACACAUGUACACAUCACAGGAGGUUGGUGGCACCUUAAUUGGGGAGGAUGGGCUAGUGGUAAUGGCUAAAGCUGAAAUCAGUGGAAUGUUUUCAAAUACAUCAAACUAAAUGUUUGAUGCUGUUCCAUUUAGCUCCAUUCCAGACAUUAUGAGCCAUCCUCCCCUCAGCAGCCCCCACUGGUACACAUUAUGUUAAGGUAUUUUAAUGUUUUUAUUAUGCAAAUAAAAUGAUAUUUUCUUGA